AUGACGAUGUGCGAGACAAGCGUCCGACCUAUCAUCCCACGCCUCUGGCUGCUAUCGGAGCAAAAGUGUGACGACAUCAUACCCGUCGAGUGGCUGGACGUGCCCAUGAAGGUCGGAGUGGAGAUCAAAGUCUCUGGGCGGGUGGCGAAGCGCGGGGAGGACUGCUUAGUGAUGACCGCAAAGAACGACGAGGACAUUUUCCUGUUUUUCUCCCCUGAUUUCUGCAGCACGCUGUCCAUCCGGGAUACGACGGGGAGAGUCUUCGUUAUUGGCUUCACGUUUACCGAGAGAGCCAUGUACAUCAUGAGACAUGCCUCCUCCGACACGGGCAAGUACAUCUCACGCGUGGGCGUUAUCUUAGUGCUGACGUUCCGUGACAGCUGGCGCGGCUCGAUACAGGGAAGCUUUGCAUCGAGGAUUGGGCGAAAGAUGUGA